CCCAUUCCGCCGCCCCCACCCCCAGAUCUACUCCACCGCCACCGCCACCGACACCCCCGUCUCCGGCGAGUCCCCCCGCCGCCUCCUCGCCGGAGAACCCGCCUCCCCUCCCCCAACCCUAAAGCCUCCCCGUCUCAUUCGCCCCCCCACCGGAUCCAGAUCAAAACCACACGCCGAUCCAGAUCCCGCCGGGCGCCCAGCCAUGGCGCGCCUCCUCCCCUUCCUCGUCGCGGCGGCGGCGGCGUUGGUGGCGGUGUCCCUCUCCGCGCCAGGCGCCGACGGGUUCUACCUCCCGGGGAGCUACCCGCACAAGUACAACCCCGGCGAGCCGCUGAGCGUGAAGGUGAACUCCCUCACCUCCAUCGACACCGAGAUCCCCUACAGCUACUACAGCCUCCCGUUCUGCACCCCUCCCGACGGCGUCAAGGACAGCGCCGAGAACCUCGGCGAGCUCCUCAUGGGCGACCGCAUCGAGAACUCCCCCUACCGCUUCCGGAUGCACGCCAACGACUCCGACCUCUUCCUCUGCCGCUCCCCGCCGCUCGCCGCCGACGCCUUCAACCUCCUUAAGAAGCGGAUCGACGAGAUGUACCAGGUUAACCUCAUCCUCGACAACCUCCCCGCCAUCCGCUACACCAAGAAGGACGACUACUUCCUCCGAUGGACCGGCUACCCCGUCGGCAUCCGCGUCGGCGUCGACUACUACGUCUUCAACCACCUCCAGUUCACCGUCCUCGUGCACAAGUACGAGGAGGCCAAUGUCGCCCGUGUCAUGGGCACCGGCGACGCCACCGACGGCUUCCCUUCCACCGGCAAGGACGGCAGCGGCGGCGCCGCCGGGUCAUCCGGCUGGAUGGUUGUCGGCUUCGAGGUCGUGCCUUGUAGCAUCAAGCACAACCCCGACGACGUCAAGUCGCUCAAGAUGUAUGGCAAGUACCCGAGGAGCAUCAAGUGCGACCCGACCACCGUGUCCAUGAGCAUCAAGGAGAACGAGCCCAUCGUGUACACCUACGAGGUGUCGUUCGUCGAGAGCGAUAUCAAGUGGCCCUCGAGGUGGGACGCAUACCUCAAGAUGGAGGGUGCCAAGGUGCACUGGUUCUCGAUCCUCAACUCGCUCAUGGUGAUUGCUUUCCUUGCUGGUAUCGUGUUUGUCAUAUUACUGAGGACCGUGAGGCGUGAUCUGACGAGGUAUGAGGAGCUUGACAGUGAAGCGCAGGCGCAGAUGAACGAGGAGCUGUCUGGGUGGAAGCUUGUUGUCAGUGAUGUUUUCCGCGCGCCAAGCAACCCAAUGUUGCUCUGCGUUAUGGUCGGGGAUGGUGUUCAGAUCCUUGGGAUGGCAGUGGUGACCAUUCUGUUUGCGGCGCUUGGGUUCAUGUCACCAGCUUCCCGCGGUACUCUGAUCACGGGCAUGCUGUUCUUCUAUCUGGUUCUUGGAAUUUUGGCAGGAUAUGUGGGUGUUCGUGUGUGGAAGACAAUCAAGUGCGGUGAUCAUACAGGGUGGAUGGCUGUUUCAUGGAGGGUAGCUUGCUUCUUCCCCGGCAUUGCAUUCCUGAUCCUUACCACUCUGAACUUCCUGUUGUGGGGAAGCCAAAGCACAGGAGCCAUCCCCUUCUCGUUGUUUGUCAUAUUGAUUCUGCUCUGGUUCUGUAUCUCUGUGCCGCUUACACUUGUAGGUGGACUCCUCGGUGCCAAGGCACCGCACAUUGAGUACCCCGUGCGCACUAACCAGAUCCCUCGUGAAAUCCCACCUCAGAAGUACCCAUCCUGGUUGCUGGUUCUCGGCGCUGGCACACUGCCCUUUGGUACCCUGUUCAUCGAGCUCUUCUUCAUCAUGUCUAGCAUAUGGAUGGGGCGUGUGUACUAUGUCUUUGGAUUCCUCUUCAUCGUCCUGUUGCUCCUUGUUAUUGUCUGCGCUGAGGUUUCCCUUGUUCUGACCUACAUGCAUCUCUGUGUCGAGGAUUGGAAAUGGUGGUGGAAAUCAUUCUUCUCAUCUGGAUCUGUGGCGAUCUACAUUUUCUUGUACUCGAUCAACUAUCUUGUUUUUGACCUAAAGAGCUUGAGUGGACCUGUGUCGGCGACCCUCUAUCUCGGCUACUCACUCUUCAUGGUUAUUGCUAUUAUGCUGGCUACUGGAACAGUGGGAUUCAUUUCAUCAUUCUGCUUCGUCCACUAUCUUUUCUCAUCCGUGAAAGCAGAUUAAGCUCAUCCCGAUGCAGAGUGUAUUACUCAAAUGAGAGGUGAGAAUAGUGGACAUCAAAAAGUUUGUAGUCACAAAAUCUUAGCUCAUGUCAUCUUUUGGUAUACAAAGACUGAAUAACUAUUGUAAGCUUUACUAGGAUUUAUCAAUGGGUUUUAUGGAGAGAUGUGCUAGCAGCUUGCACGAUGUAAUAGAAUGAAUUGGUUUAUUCACAUUUUGAGUCAUUUUAGUUGCUCUUUCUGCUGCCAUUUAGCUGUUAAGAUGUAAGCUUAGUACUGCUGUCUGUUGCAAUCGUGUUUGGUAUCAUUUUCCUAAAAUGUUAGAUCAAUUUUUUGACUUAUCAGAAUUGUGAUGGUUUGAUGCAGUUGCUACACAAUAUAGUGAUUAUACUUAUUUUUCUUUG